AUGGAUAAGUUAAAUGCUUCACAUAUUACUCUUUCUGGACAUGUAGAAAUUAACAAAUACAGAUAUUUGUAUUUCUUCAUUUUGUUACUGGUAUUCAUUCUAAUAAUCUUAACUAAUUGUACUAUUGUGUACCUCAUAUGGAUUCACAAAAACCUCCAUGAGCCAAUGUACAUCUUCAUUGCAGCUUUGUUACUUAACUGUGUUCUUUACAGCACCACUAUUUACCCAAAACUCUUGAUUGACUUUUUAUCUAAACAACAGAUCAUAUCAUAUUCAGCUUGCCUCUUUCAAUAUUUUCUAUUUUAUUCGUUAGGUGGUUCUGAAUUUCUACUCUUGGCCGCCAUGGCCUAUGACAGAUAUGUGUCUAUAUGUAAACCUCUGAUAUAUACAACGAUCAUGAGGAAAACUACUGUGAAAAUCAUCCUGAUUCUGGCUUGGUUUUUACCUGCUUCUCAUUUGGCAGUCCAAGCAAUUAUCAGUGGUGGGGCUAAAAUAUGUAACUUAGAGUUAAAGGCAAUAUUUUGUAACAAUGCAAUACAUGCACUUAAUUGUGUAAGCUCAAGAACACUCACAAUAUUUGGUUUACUUGUUUUACUCAUUGUGGUAUUACUGCCUGUGCUCUUCACAAUCUUCACAUAUACAAAGAUAAUUGUCAUAGCUUAUCGAAGUUGUAAAGAGUUCAGAAGAAAGGCCGCUGAGACCUGUUUACCGCAUCUGUUGGUUCUAAUAAGCACCUUUUGGUUGGUCACAUAUGACGUAAUCAUAGCUCGAGUAGAAUCAAAUUUUCCAAAAACUGCACGUUUAAUAUUGACAUUACAAAUAAUUAUAUAUCAUCCUUUGUUUAACCCCUUUAUCUAUGGAUUUAAAAUGAAAGAAAUUUAUAAACAUCUAAAAAAAUUGUUCAGGUCAACCAAAGUCUAA